AUGGCCAAGCCUUACGACGUAACAACAUAUUUGCUGGACAGAGCCAAUAUCCAGGAUACGGUUGUCCGGACAAUGCACCUCUUCGAUACGGGUGCCACGAAGGAAACGAUCAAUUCCGUCUAUACACAGGAAAUCCACCUUGAUUAUGAUCGGCGAUUAGGCUUCUCUCCAGAGGUUGUCUCCAGUGAGUCUUGGGCCCAGCGGCUGGGACAGAUUCAUAAGCCGUAUGAUGAAACACAACAUAUUAUUCAGUAA